UCAACUUUCCCCAGAUAGUCUGAACAUGUUGGGAUCCUCGGUGAUACCACUAUGGAAAACGGAGGGGGGCUAUAUUGUUAGGCCGUUUAGAUAUAUCGCAUAAAUCAAAUGCAGAAGCUAGGAAAGGGGCAGAAAAAUAAAAAAAUUAACGUAAUAAUAAAUAGGUCCAGAUAGACACGUAUUAAUUUGUCCAAAUAGAUCUACUUUUGUAUGCUCAAAUAUAACAGGUACCCCGUUAUAUGUGGUACAGUCUUCUCUGGAGGCUAGGAGGGACCGACCGCACAAUAGCUAUUCCAUCAGCUGUUGUUGCGGUGUGGUGGAGUUUUCUACCUUUCUUUUUUCUUUUCUAAAGUUUUUUUUCCUUUUCUUGACACCACGUCUUUGCGAAAUAAAAAUAUUAACAGUUAUUUCGGCUGCACAAGUGCCGUCGGGAAAGCCACUUUUACCAUUUUCGUUUAAACUUUUUUGUAUUAAUUUGUCUUUCUGCCCUUUUUCUUCCGUUCCACGGCAUCUGUCCAUUUUGCCUUCUCCCUUUUUAUUGUUUCCACCUUUACCGUUUGGGAAAAUUGCUAGACGGUGUCUGCGCUGGCGAAUGACUGAAGUGAAUAACUAAGCCGAGAUUUUUUUUUUUUAUUCCACCCCCUAUCUGCUGCUGGGAGGAAUGGUUAUACGGCCGCAGGACCAGAGCCGAGAAGCGCACGACUGAAUGAGAAGACGGAUUGCAAAGAUAUGGACCUACAAGAGAAACCUCAGCCUGCGGAAAAACCCACCAGCUCAGCUCCUGAAACCAGUCCCAAAGACGAGGACGGAAUGGGAGCAGGAGGGAAGCCCCAAGAUACGGAGCCCCCAGCGAGGACAGAGACCCCCACUAAGGGAGAUUCCCAGAAGAAAAAGGACAGUGGCCGGAGAUCCAGCACCCCCAGUAAAUCCCUUGCUACUGGGACCAGUGCAAGCCCUCAGCCCAAAAAAGAUGGCAUGAAAUCAGAAGACAGACAGAAGCUUGCGAAAGAACGGAGGGAGGAGCGGGCCAAAUACCUGGAGCAGCGUAGCCAGAUGCAAGCUGCCAAGAAGACGCAGUGGCUGGAGAAGGAGGAAAAGGCACGGCAGCUGCGGGAGCGGCAGCUGGAUGAGCGCCGCAGGAAGCUGGAGGAGCAGCGGAUGAAGGCGGAGAGACGCAGGGCCGCCCUGGAGGAAAGGCAGCGGCAGAAGCUGGAGAGGAACAAGGAGCGAUACGAAGCUGCCGUCCAGCGGUCCUCCAAGAAGACGUGGACCGAGAUCCGGCAGCAGCGCUGGUCCUGGGCGGGCGGCCUGACCCGGAAUGGCGGCCAGCGGGAGGGCAGGUGCUCCUUGUCUGCGGUCAACCUGCCGAAACACGUCGACUCGGUAAUUAGCAAGAGGCUGUCCAAGUCCUCUGCCACCCUGUGGAACUCCCCGAGCAAAACUCGCAGCCUCCAGCUCAGCGCAUGGGAGAGCAGCAUUGUGGAUCGCCUGAUGACCCCCACCCUGUCUUUCCUGGCGCGCAGUCGCAGUGCCGCCAGUGUUCUGAGCAACAGCAAAGAUGCCCGGUCGCCCUUGUGCCCUCGUUCCUCGUCCGCCAGCCCCCUGACCGCCUGCAGUCACCACCACAGGGCGUAUCAUCGCUCGUCCGAGCGCUGGAAGGUGUCCACCAGCACGCCCGAUAUCACCCAGCGCCAGCGGAGGCGGGACUCCACACCGAUGGAGAAGAAAAAGAAGGAGAAGAAAGACAAGGAGCGGGAGAAUGAGAAGGAGCGCAGCGCCCUGACGAAAGAGAAGGUCCUGCGGAAGAGGCAGUCCCUGCCCAGCCUCAAACACAGGCCCGAGCCCAGCACCAGUCUCCUUGCCAAACACCGGACCGCCUCCCCCGCCGCCACCAAGGGCCGACCCGCCUCCCCAAGCCCUGCGGUGUCCCCAAAACCCACCACGGUCCGAGCAACCCCACCUGCCAGCAAGCCCCGCCCAAAGAGGUCCCAGACCCCUGCCCGCGUGGAACCUCGGACGGCCUCCCCCGUCGCCGUGGAGAAGGCCCGGUCCGGCACCCCCGAGGAAGCCAAGAGCUCUGCCCCCAUCCCAUCUGUCGUCACGGCGUCGGCCUCGGUUCCGCCCCCUUCCGUGAGUGCGCCAGUCACGGUGCCCACAUCUAAGGCAGUGCCCGAGCAGACCUCGUCGGACGCCGGCUCCCUGCCUUCUGUGCCCGCCCUGGCCCCACCCCCCGCCCCCGCCCCGGCUGCAGCUGUGGCUGUGUCCCCGUCCGGCAAGCCCACAGCGGGCACCACGGACCCAGGGGAGGCGGCCCGCAUACUGGCAGAGAAGCGGCGGCAGGCGCGCGAGCAGCGCGAGCGGGAGGAGCAGGAACGGCGAGAGCAGGCGGAGAGGGAGCGGGUGCUGCGUGAGGAGCGGGCGGCCCGGGCCGCCCAGGAGCAGCAGCGACGGGAGGAGGAGCAGCAGCGUCUCCUGGAGGAGCAGAGACAGCAGGAGGAGCGGGAGGCUCAGGAGAAGGCCCGGGCCGAGCAGGAGGAGAACGAGAGGCUCCAGAAGCAGAGGGAAGAGGCAGAGAUCAAGGCCAGGGAGGAGGCGGAGAAGCAGAGGCUGGAGAGAGAGAAGCACUUCCAGAAGGAGGAGCUGGAGCGUCUGGAGAGGAAGAAGCGCCUCGAGGAGAUCAUGAAGAGAACCCGCAAGACAGAUCCUGGGGAAAAGAAAGACGCCAAGACUUUGUCUCCGGCCCACAUCAAUGGAAAAGACGCCAAACCAGACUCUGAGAGCAAUAAAGUGAUGGACUACAAACCGGGAUCGGAGGCGGUGCUGUCCAAUAGGGAAGCGGUGGACGUCCAAUCACAGGGCAGCAUCAAAGAGAGCCCCAUGGUUCCGGUGAUCAACGGUGUUCAACCGGCCAAGCAUGAGAAUGGACUGUCUGCCAAGGGGGAGUCGGCCGGCUUUGAGGAGAUCAUCCAGCUGUCCAAUCACAGCAGUGGUGAGGGGCGAGACAAGUCUGAGACUGGCGUUUCUGCGGAGCCAAUCCUGGCAUUUGAGGCGGGAGAACCCUUCCUGAAGAAGGCGGGCUCUAUUAAGCCUCAGCACGUCACAGAGGUCCUUUGAGGUGUUCGUGUGUUCCAAUCUUACAACAGCAUCCGAGAGGUGCGUCCUCCCCAUCACCACCGCCCCCCCCCUUGGCCCUCUCCUGCCUGUCUGCAUACAGCCCAGCCCCAACCCCCAGACCCCUGCCCCCCACCCAGCUGACCUGUGCCAAACCGAGAGGCGGACCGCUCACGUCCGCGUGUCCGACUUGCCCAUCCCAUGGAAACCGCCUCCUGGAGGGGGUGGGGGGGAAGAGGAUGAAAAAGCGAGGAUGAGAAGACGACCCCAACGACGCCAACGGGCCGGGGAGGGGCCACGCCGACUUGAGCACGCGUCACGGUGCAGCAGUGUUACGUUUUAUCAGUGUCACUAUGGUCUUAUGAUGCACCUUACAGGACUGACCGCGUGACCUAUUGUAGAAAAAAAAAAAACAGAGCUUAAAAUACACACUAUUUCACUAUUACGAUUAUAAUUAUUGUUGUUAUGAUGAGUUUGACAAAGAAGCGUGUUGGUUAUUUUGUCUUUCAUAAUUUAGUUAUUUAACUUGAAGAGAAUUGAAACUACUGGGUACCAUAUGGAGUUUGUGAAUAUUGUAAAUGAAUCUCAGUGUUGUCCCUGCCUGGGGGGAAUCUGUGGAAUAAAGGUUGACAGAGGGGCAUGGCAGCCCAGUG